AUGGUAAUCAUUCGGAUAUUCAAAAAUAGCUUAGAAGUUGAAGAAUGUCAGGAAGAUGGAAAUACAAAAAUGAGUGAACAUCAAUUCCAUUUUGAUACACUUCAAUUACACGCUGGUCAAGAACCUGACCCUGCUACAAAUGCUCGCGCUGUGCCAAUUUAUGCAACUUCCUCCUAUGUCUUUAAUGAUGCUGAUCAUGGUGCUGACUUGUUCGCUUUGCGUGCAUCUGGCAAUAUUUAUUCUCGUAUCAUGAAUCCUACAAAUGAGGUACUUGAAAAACGUAUUGCAGCUCUUGAAGGUGGUGCUGCUGCUGUAUUGACUUCUUCAGGACAAGCAGCUCAAUUCACUGCUAUUGUUACUCUUGCUAAUUCAGGUGAUAAUAUUGUCGCUAGUGCCUCUUUAUAUGGUGGUACCUAUAUUCAAUUAAAGGUUCUUUUGCCUCGUCUUGGUAUUCAAGUUAAAUUUAUCACCGAAGAUAGUCCUGAAGCUUAUAAGAAUGCUAUCGACGAUAAGACAAAGGCUAUUUAUGUAGAAAGUAUUGGUAAUCCUAGUUUUAAUAUUCCUGAUUUUGAGGCUAUUUCUAAAGUAGCUCAUGAUGCUGGUAUUCCUCUCAUUGUUGACAAUACAUUUGGUGCUGGCGGUUAUAUUUGCAAACCUAUUGAACAUGGUGCUGAUAUUGUCGUUCAUUCUGCUACAAAAUGGAUUGCAGGUCAUGGAACUACGAUCGGUGGUGUUAUGAUUGAUUCUGGUAAAUUUCCUUGGAAUAAUGGUAAAUUCCCCAACUUCUCUGAGCCCUCAGAAGGUUAUCAUGGUAUGUCAUUUUAUGAGACCUUUGGAAAUAUAGCCUUUGCUGCUCGUUUCCGUACAGAGGGUGUUCGUGAUAUUGGUGCCUGUCAAAACCCCUUUGGUGCCUUUUUAAUUUUACAAGGUGUUGAAACAUUAUCGUUAAGAGUAGAACGUACAGUCAAUAACGCCCUUGAAUUAGCUCGUUGGUUAGAAAGUAGAGAUGAUGUGAACUGGGUAUCUUAUCCUGGUCUUGAAUCUCAUCCUCAUCAUCAACGUGCUCUGAAAUAUUUAAAACAUGGAUUUGGUGGUGUAUUCACUUUUGGUGUAAAAGGCGAUUCUAAAGUAUUUAUUAAUAAUCUUAAACUGGCAUCUCAUUUGGCUAAUGUAGGUGAUGCAAAGACACUUGUUAUUGCACCUGCUCUAACAACUCACCAACAAUUAACGGAUGAACAACAAGCGGCUGCUGGUGUCACUAAAGAUAUGAUUCGUGUCUCGGUUGGUAUUGAACAUAUUGAUGAUAUUAAGUGGGACUUUGAUCAAGCAUUAAAACUUGCUGCUCAAAAGAAUUAA